UCUGUGUAAUUUACGUCAUUUUCAAGCAAUGAAGAUUAAAGCACAAGUUAUUGGUAUAUUUUCCUUACUUUAAUUAAUUAAAUGUUCGUAAUUGCAAUGAAAUGGAGGGAACAAACACGAAUGAAUCCCUCAGCUGUGCCGGGUGCUUAAAUGACAUUGGUGAUGACGAUUAUGUGUCUGCUCUCGGGCAGGAAUGGCAUAAAGACUGCUUUAGGUGCUCAGUAUGCGACGCGGCGCUAUCCUCUUGGUACUUCGAGAAGGCAGGGCUUCUGUUCUGCCAGAGUGACUACUGGGCGCGGUAUGGAGAGAGCUGUCAGCAAUGCACUCAGGUGAUAACAGGUCCGGUGAUGUCCGCGGGCGAGCACCGCUUCCACCCCGAGUGCUUUGCGUGCGUAUCGUGCGCCGCGCACAUAGAGGACGGCCAACCCUAUGCGCUGGUGGAGCGCUCCAGCUUGUACUGCGGCGAAUGCUAUGCGCUCGAAGCGGGCGCGCGCGCUCCCGCCAUCCGCGUGCUGCAGGCGCCGGCGCGUGCACUGCGCGUCACACCCGCGCCCGGCGCCGCCGCGCUCACCGUUACUGAGUGCGCGUGCGGCGUGCACUUCACUCGUUGCGGCGCCAAGCUGUGUCGCCUGGCGCGCGCGCUUCUAAGGGCCGCGCUCGCCGCCUGCCUGCAGCUCGUCUGCCGCAGGAUCGACUCGUCGUGCGGUCUGCUGACGCUGCAGAUCGGAGACCGCAUCCUGGAGAUAAACGGCGCGCCCGUCAGGACCACGCCCGCUGACGAGAUAGAACGGGUGCUGGCGCGCCCGGCCGCUGUUUUACAGUUAACCAUAGAACACAACCCCGAAGCAACAAACCACAGCACAAACAACAACAAUAACAACAAGCGUGCAUCUGACUCAGAAGAAAAGCUGAAACACGACACAAAAUCGCCCGUUGAAAGGAAAAUCCUGAGGGAAGACUUGAAGAAACACACAACAGACUUGGACAUUCCGGAGCAUAAAGAGGGGGGAGGGGGGAGGAAAGAGAGGCUGUUUAAGAGGAAGGGGGAGGAUGGGGGGAAGGGGCGGCAGAUGAGGAAGCGGCAGACGCCGUCCUCGCCGCUCUUGGGCGAUAAGGAGAGGAGCAGCAGCAUGUCUAAGUUACUUGAUGUUGUGGAAGGAGGUGAGGGGUGUGGAGGGGUGCUCCGAGACCUGAGCCGUGCGCGUUCCUUCCGCGCGCAUCCUGCGCCUGGCCAGACUGUAUUCCGCGCCGCUGACUUGUUACAGGGUGAGCUGCUGGGCUCGGGCUUCUUCGGGCAGGUGUACAAGGUGACGCACCGCGCCACCAACGAGGUCAUGGUGCUCAAGCAGCUCUACCGCGUCGACGAGGCCGCGCAGAGGAACUUCCUCAAGGAGGUGGCGGUGCUGCGGUCGCUGUCGCACCCGAACGUGCUGCGCUUCGUGGGCGUGUUAUACAGAGACAAGCGCCUGCACCUCGUCACCGAGUACGUGCCCGGCGGCACGCUGCACCAGCUCAUACAGGAUCCCGGGCGCGUGCUGGGCUGGCGGGCGCGGGCGCGGCUGGCGCGCGACGUGGCGGCGGGCGUGGGCUACCUGCACCGCAUGAACGUCAUCCACAGGGACCUCAACUCGCACAACUGCCUGGUUCGAGAGGACAUGACGGUGAUCGUGGCGGACUUCGGGCUGGCGCGCAUCGUGCAGCGCACCGCCGCCAGCACGCUCGAGCGCGCGCCGCACGCGCGCACGCGCAAGCGGUACACGGUGGUGGGCAACCCAUACUGGAUGGCACCAGAAAUGAUGAACGGGAACGUUUACGACGAGAAGGUCGACGUGUUCUCCUUCGGGAUCAUUCUUUGCGAGAUAAUCGGGCGAGUGUCAGCCGACCCGGACUUCUUACCGCGGCGCUCGGACUUCGGGCUCAAUGAGGCGGCCUUCCGCGACAAGUACGGCGGCUGCUGCCCCGAGUCGCUGCUGCGACUCGCCUUCAUGGCCUGCAGCCUGGACCCUGACGCCAGGCCAUCAUUCGAAGUCAUGGAGGGCUGGCUGGAGCGUUUAGUCCGCCAUCUCAGCGCACCAGCCGCGCCUGACACCACCCUGCUAUCUGACAUCUUGAAACACGCCACCGAGUUAGAGCACCAAGCUCAGUGCAACUGCACUUGUGACGGCAACGCUUGCAACGUCAGCAGCGGGUGCGGCGGCUGCAAUGACUGCGACGACUGCGGACGGAAGGAGGACGUGAAGACUGAGUGCGAGAUUGUCAAACACCAAGCUCAGUGCAGCUGUACUUGCGACGGCAACGCUUGCAACGUCAACGGGUGCGGCGGCUGCAAUGACUGCGACGACUGCGGACGGACACGGGAGGACGUGAAGCCUGAGUGCGAGAUUGUCAAGAGCAGCUGUACUUGCGAUGGGAACGCUUGCAACGUCAACGGGUGCGGCGGCUGCAAUGACUGCGACGACUGCGGACGGACACGGGAGGACGUGAAGACUGAGUGCGAGAUUGUCAAGUUAGAGCUCCAAGCUCAGUGCAGUUGCACUUGCGAUGGGAACGCUUGCAACGUCAACGGCUGCAAUGACUGCGACGACUGCGGACGGACACGGGAGGACGUGAAGACUGAGUGCGAGAUUGUCAAGUUAGAGCACCAAGCUCAGUGCACCUGCACUUGUGACGGGAACGCUUGCAACGUCAACGGCUGCGGCGGCUGCAAUGACUGCGACGACUGCGGACGGAAACGGGAGGACUUGAAGACUGAGUGCGAGAUUGUCAAGGUGGACGACAUCACAAAGUGGCUGGAGCCGCCGGCUCCUCUCAAGCGCAGCAGCGCCGCCACGCGCCUGCACCGCGCGCACAAGCGGCCCGCGCCCGCGGUCUCAGAGACCCCCGCUUUCCUCAGGAACCAGUCGGUUGAGGGACUGGAGACGCACGCCAAGCGGCCCAAGUCUGCGUCCUCAGAGACCCCCGCCUUCCUCAGGAACCAGUCCGUCGAGGGGCUGGAGACGCACGCUAAGGUUGGUGCCAACUUCCUUGUGAUAACUACACGGCUAGAGCAGCCUGCGCUCACCGAGAUCCCUAACCAGUCUAUUGAGGAGCUGCAGACGCAAGCAAAAGGACAGGUUGGUGCCUUCUUCCUUUUGAUAGCCAAGUGGCUGGAGCCCCUAGCGUCUCAAGCGCAGCGGCCCAAGUCUGCGUCCUCAGAGACCCCCGCCUUCCUCAGGAACCAGUCGGUUGAGGGACUGGAGACGCACGCCAAGUUUCUGAAGCGCAGCAGCGCCGCCACGCGCCUGCACCGCGCGCACAAGCGGCCCGCGCCCGCGGUCUCAGAGACCCCCGCUUUUCUCAGGAACCAGUCGGUUGAGGGGCUGGAGACGCACGCUAAGACUCCGACUCCUCCUCCGACGACGAGCUCAGCCCCUGCCCCCUCCCUUCACCCCCCAAACCCGUUACCCCCGCCCACCCCUCCCACCCCCGUCACGUUCCGCAACCCAGAGUGUCUCGAUGGAGAGAGAAGAAUCCCCGAGGAAGACUACAGGCGAUACAACAUCGACCACUUGACCAGAACACCGAUAAUGGCUGAAGGCGUCAAGAACAUACCCAAAGUGAUCGAGUCUCAAAAGCAGCCAGAAAAAACCAACUUCUUCACCAAAAAACUUCUGUCGCCGAAACUGAGCCGCCUUUUCCGACCGAACACUCCGGAAGCGGUGCGGAACAAACCAGACUCGGAUGACAAGGAAGAAAAGUCUAGGAGUAAGUUCUUCAUCCAAAGACCGGCGUCGCCGAGCAACAUUCGUUCCUACAGGGUGCGGCCCACCGACCGACACGCCGAAAAGAGGGACUGCGACGUCAUCAAAAGCGACUUAAAACUCGCCAGCUUAGGAAAACCUAUGACUCCCAUCUUCAGGCGGCAUAUACCUACAGAGAGACCGGAAUUCGCGGACGGUAGAUUCAGCUACCGCGACCGGCGACUCAAGCCGAACGAAGCGACCUUCGUCGACGUGGGCCGAAACAAAAUUAAAGCUCCGGUGAUUUCGGUCGAAAAGGAAAAACUGACUCCCCUGAUCCGGAGUUCGCAAAUCGCGAAUAUUCCUGCUCUGGCGACAGUGGUGGAAAAGAAAGGAGAUGUAGGGAAGAAGAGAGAGACAGGUAUAUCGCGCAGCAACUACGUCAGUCUGGCCAAUCUAAGGAUCAACGCUAAGGAAAAGGCCCGAACGGAUAAGCCGCCGUUGGAGCGCGUCAUAUAAGCUCUGAGUAUAAUAUCUACCUUCAAACCUCAAUUUGGGUGCACAAUUUUGAUCUAUUAGUCUACUGAAUAUAAUAAUCUUCGUUGACAAAUUUUGUAGAAGAAUCAGGUCUUUCUCCGUAAGCUGUUUUGUAGCAAUAAAUAAAUUGAACUGUCAGAAAUUGAGUCGAAGAUGGCCGAUGUGUAUGAUUUCUUGACGGAGAUUAUUGUUACUGCCCUCGUAAUUUGUAAGGGUUAAAGCUUGUCAAAGCCGACGUUUUAGCUUUUAUGAAUUAGGAAUCGAGUACUGGGCCGGUGAUAACGCGUGCGCGGUUCAACCAGUAUUUUGUUACAUGUAUAACGUGUAUUUUUGGUGCCAGAGUUUCUUGCAAUUGCAAUAAUUUUGUAAGGGUGCUUUUGAGAAUGUAUUUUUUCAAACGACUAAAUCCAUAGGAAUCACGAAACGAUCACGGACCUAGUACUUAAAUCUUGAAACGUUUAUAUUGAAUAUUCCCUGUUAUUCCCGUUUUUUGGAUUCUUAUACUCCAUUGUACAACUUAUUACAUUCUGACUCUAUUUAUACGUAGUUAGACACGCGUGGAGCGCUGAAACUAGUUACAAAGUGACUUGCCAAGGCGAGCAGUGUCGCCGAUUUUAUACAAUUGUUGAGUACUUAUAACUUAACCGUAAGAGUGGAGGCACAAACGUAGGCGUAGUAUACUAGCAACAUGAUUUUGUAAUGUCAGAUACGCGACGCGAUUCCAAAGCUAAGUAAUUGCUUUUUCUGCGUACAAUUUGUUGACUGACUUCAAAUAAAACUGCAAUGUUAGUGGUUUAUAAUGGUUUACUAUGCCUACAUUUGUGUCAGACGUCUCAUUGCGGUAAAGGCGUGCUUUUAGUAUGUUUGUAUUUGUGGUUUUAGACAUGACAAUAUGCGAUAAGUAUUACAUUCCUGUAUACACUUUUUGGAUUAUAUAAAUUUAUUGUUACGCGUAUUUGUUUAGUGUUGAAAAAUGCUUGAUGGUUUAUGUGAGUGUAGAGGUAUAUUCAUAUUGUUGCAGCGAUUGUAAAGGUGAGUAUAGACUAGAUCAUUUCUAUGUAACGUUCAAUACAGAUAAAAUGUAAGACGUUUGGUUAGUGAAAGGGUGAAACUGACUCUAGAACAUUUCAUAGAGCCGGCUCAUUGUUCUGUUAUAAGAAAAUGCUCUAAAUCUAUACUCACCUUAUGAGACACGAGUCUCUCCGCGGUAUCUUACGAAUGUCGUUGACAAUUUGAAUAUACCAUAGUGCGUUUGUUCCCAAAGUGGAGGACGCGCCACCCAGGGGAGGCGCAAAGACCUUUAAAAGGGGGCGCGGGCCAUCUGUGUACUUAAGUAUAAAAAAACCUGCGACCGCUGAAAGAAUGCAUUUCAGACUGCUGACUGACUGUAUGGCUGGUUUUAGUGUCGCGCGGACUGUCAGUGCGGAUCGCUCCGCACAGCCAAUCUGUAUGAACUGCUAGGGA